GACUGAUCGCCUCUUGCUUUUUUAACACAGCCACCACCAGGAGAAGAAGGAACGAGAGAGAAAGAGAGAGAGAGCGAUCCCUAUUUUCCCGCCAAUACCGGUGGAAAAUACACCCAUCGAACGUUCUUCGCUUCUCGAGCUUCUUAGCGAUUCGACUCUUCAACUGGUUCUGGGGUUCUCAUGAAUUUUUAGAACAACAAUGGAGACUCGCCCGAGGGACCAGAGUAACUUUGCACACACUUCUUCAAUGCCAUCUUUACAAAACCCUUCAGUAGAUUCAGAGCACGAUCAGCUCAUGGCAGGGCCUUAUCAUCUCUAUGCCAAUGGUGGAGAAGUUGGUCAUGUAUAUUCGAAUGAUCCCAUUAACACUUCCGUGGUUUCGUCUCAUGAGAAUCACAUUGGAAGCAGUGACACACCUCUCAUCUCUGAGAUAUUAGACUGGGAUAUCUUCGAUUUUCCUUUGGGUUCGCCCAUUCAAAGCAAUCAGAUGGAGGAUGGUCGCAUCGUGGCAUCUGAUGAUGACAUUCACAAACCAAGUGACUUGGAUGACGAAUUGUUUAGCAAUAAUGAGAAUCCUCUAAUGUCUGCGUACUUGAACGAUCUUCUCCUUGACACAAGUUCCACCUCAGCUUCAAAGGUCCAGAACCAAACUAUGCAAUCGCAGCUUCAACAGCCCCAAGUUGCUCUGCAGCAGCCUUCUCCUUGUGUUGAAUUGCGACCUCUUGUUAGGACAGUAUCCUCAAACAGCAACAGUUGCAGCAGUAAUACUACUGCAGAAGCAGCUAAGAGACGUAUGCGUUGGACGCCAGAACUUCAUGAGGCUUUUGUUGACGCUGUUAACCAGCUUGGCGGCCAUGGCAAAGCGACUCCUAAGGAUGUGCUGAAGCAAAUGAAUGUCCAAGGCUUGACUAUAUGUCAUGUCAAAAGCCAUUUGCAGAAAUAUAGGACAUCUACAUAUAAACCAGAGCCAUCAAAAGGCUCGCCGGAGACGAAGUUGACACCGCUUGAGCAAAUUGCAACUCUUGAUACGAAACGUGGGAUAUGUAUGAGUAUAACUGAGGCGCUGCGAAUUCAGAUGGAACUUCAGAAGCGACUGCAUGAGCAGCUCGAGAUUCAGAGAAACAUGCAACUUCGGAUAGAAGAACAGGGAAAGGCCCUGUCGAUGAUUGUUGAGAAUCAAAAUAUGGGUUUUGGCAAAGAAGACGAAACAUGUGCCAUUGGUUCAGAGGAGUCAGAUAUCCCGCGUUCAAAGCGUCCCAGAAAGGCAGGAACGAUUGAUUACUGAAGGAAAGGUUUCUGGUGAUGGUAGAUCAUAAAUAAUAGGGUUUGACUUAGUAAGAAGAGAUCUCUGACUUCUUCUUUAGGCCUUCGCUCUCUCUGUUUAUUUUUUUCUUUAAAAAAUAAAUUUCUGAUCCUCAGCAUUCUAGGAAGAAACAGAAAUAAAAAGAGCAAUGAGUUUAGUAGAUUUUUUCCAUUCUUUGGGAUGUAAUCUGAAUGCAGAUUCUUGAUUUAGUGUUUAGGUGAGUUAAAAACUAAAUUAUAAUUCUAGCUUCUUCUUCCUAUC